AUGAAUUAUCUGUGGCUUCUGUCUUCGUUGGCCACCGUAAUGAUCUACACGUGUUGCUACUGUUUAUACUAUGCAUGCACACAUCGAGCCGACGAAGCCGACGGAUCCGACAUUGAAUCCGACGAAUCCGACAACGACAUCGAGAUGGCUCUUCCUCUGACGUUAUCGAUACGUCUUGCUCCAGUUUCAUGUCCGGAAGUUAUCACUCCGAGGAUGGUGCACGAGUUCAGAGACGUCGUGGGAGGAGAAGGUGGUGAAGCCAACACUUGUUGCCCGAUCUGUCUCGAAGUCUAUGUGCCUGAGGACAAGGUUGUCUGCUUAUCCAAAUGCCGUCAUCUUUUCCAUCCUGCUUGCAUCGAGCGGUGGGUCCUAAAGAACUUAAGUUGCCCUAUUUGCCGCAGCCCGGCCAGUGGCAAGGGCUGGUGCGUUAUGAAGAAGGAUGUCGCGACCGAUGGUAGUACCGUCCAAGGAGUCAUGGCCGAGAACACCGUCGUCGUCGAGGAUGUUGCAGAACGAGACAUGGACCAGAAUCUCGUCGUCGAAGAUGUUGCAGAACAAGUUGGAGCUUUAGCCUGA